ACUGGUCUCAACUCCCCUCAAUCUUGAACCCAUGAGGGGGAGAAAGGUGUCCCUAAAAAGACAAAGAGUCCUUUGGCCCAUUAACUCCCCUCUUUCACCUUCUCUACUUUCACACUCACUCACUCACUCUUCUUUGUAGUUCUUCCUCACUAUCUAUGGGGGUUCUGAUGUGCGGACGAUGGUGAUGGCGGACCAGGGCGGUGGUGGCAACAGUAUGGCUGCAUCGGUGGCGGUGAUGAGGGACUAUCGGAAGGGGAACUGGACGGUGUUGGAGACGAUGGUCUUGAUAGAGGCCAAAAAGAUGGACGACGAGCGAAGGAUGAGGAUCCGAGCUACUGGUGCUGGCGGCGAGCCGGGCUCGAGCGGCAGCGGGGUCACCGCUAAUAGGUCAUCGGAGCCGAGGUGGAAAUGGGUGGAGGACUACUGCUGGAGGAAGGAGUGUUUCCGGAGUCAGAAUCAGUGCAACGAUAAGUGGGACAACCUCAUGAGGGACUACAAGAAGGUGAGGGACUAUGAGAGGAGACGGCGGAGCACCGCCGGCGACGAUAGUGCUAGUGAAGAUCUUAGUUACUGGAAGAUGGAAAAGGCCGAGAGGAAGGACCGGAACCUGCCCACCAACCUCCUCCCCCAGAUUUACGAGGCGCUCGUCGACGUUGUGGAGCGGAAGCUGGGAGGCGGCAGCAGCGGUGGGGGCCCGUCGGUGGCAUUGGCGUUGCCCGGCAGCGGUUCCACAGCUGCUUCUUCCCACCAUCAGCCGCCCGGGGCUUCGGGGGCCGGCAUGAGCCUUCAGCCUGUGGCUUCUUCUCUGCUGCCGCCUAUCCCUUUGCCGCCUCAGUAUGCAUCGGCCCCGGUGCUACUGGCACUUCCACCACAGACAUCACCGACGACCGAGGCCCCACAGCGACCUCAGCCAUUUCCCAGCCCAAUUGAGAGAAGUGAUACCUCGGACUCGGAAACUAAUGAGCACUCGCACUCGUCACCGGCGAAGAGGAGGAGGAGAAUAGCCAGGGCCGUAGGGGGGCCGGAAGAAGAAGGCAAAAGGGCAGCUGCUGCUGCGUCAAGUGGAGGCACUUCCUCCUACGAAGCAGUGGGCACUGCCAUCUCGAGAAGCGCCUCCAUAAUAGCCGAAGCUCUUCAGGCAUGUGACGAGAGGGAGGAGAGGCGGCACAGGGACCUCCUCGGCAUCCAGGAGAGGCGGCUCAAGCUCGAGGAGUCCAAUGCCGAGACCAACAAGCAGGGAAUCAACGGCCUCGUCGACGCCAUCAACAAGCUAGCCGAUUCGAUCCAUGCCCUAGCGGCUUCCUCCAGCAGUAAGAAUCAAUCUUCAGCUCCCGAAUGAACGUGACUUUAUAAUUAUUUCAUAUAUAUUUAUGUGGGCAUUUUAGAAGAAACCCCAUUAUGGUCUCUCUCUGUAAAUAUAUGAUUGAUUAGGAGAGAGCCCAUCAUUCAUUCCAUCUACUAUGAUAGAUUAUACCGCAGCGACCUCGAUGUGAUUAUUUCUUUCCCAUUUCUGAACAAUGUUCGCACGCCCUAAGUUUAAUACAGUUCAAGAUAAUUUAGGUGUGUCAAA